AUGAAGGGAUUCAUUGGAGGAUUCCCCGUGGCACUGCUGGCAGUCGCUGCCCAGGCCAAGUAUGCUGAGCGCCACGGCGAUGGUUUCUACCCCCAGGCUGGUGGCACCGCCAUUGGCGGCCCCUCGGGCAAUGACGACGACGGUGGUUUCGUCAGUCCCUACUCUGUCAACAUCAAGACGGACACCCAGGUGAAUGAGUGGAACCAGGAUGACCACCACAUUGAUAUCAAGCACAAGAAUGUGUACCACGGACCUUUCGGCAAGCGUGGUGCCCCAGUAGGAGGCACUGCCAUCGGCGGCCCCUCAGGUAACGACGAGGGCCAGUCUUUCGAUAUGCCGAUAACUGGUAUCUUCAACACCCAGGUCAACGACUUCAACAAGGAUGACCACUCGAUCGAGGUCAAGCACAAGGAUGUGCACCCUGCACCCUACUUCGGCCCACCUCAUGGUGGCCACCGCGGUCCUGCUGGGCCUGACGGGUUUGAGAAGCGCUUCGGCCCUCACCCAGGUGGUACCGCCAUUGGUGGCCCCGGAGGCGGCUCCCACCGCCCCCAUGGUCCUGAGUACUUCCGUCCUGCUCCCCAGGGUGGAACUGCGAUCGGUGGGCCAUCCGGAAACGAUGGUGGCCAGAGCUUCAGCGCUCCCAUCACCAUUGUCACCACCACCGGCAUCGACGAGCACAAUGAGGAUGACCACUCCAUUAAACUGAAGCAUGAGGAUGUUUAUGUUCCUCCCCACCACGGUCACUUCCGACGCUCGGAGAACUUUGGCCCGCCGCAUCAGGGCGGUCCUCCCCACGGCGGUCCUCAUGGCGGUCCUCCUCCUGGUGCCCACUUUGAGCCUCACCCGGAAUCUCACUACGAGCCUCACACCAGUUCUCACUUCGAGCCUCACCCGGAGCCUCAUUAUGAGUCUCACUCAGAGCCUCACUAUGAAAACCACCCCGAGCCUCACGUCGAGAACCACCCCGAGCCCCACUUCGCUCCCCACUACAGCCCUCACUACGAGCCGCACUACGAGCCUCACACUUCGCUCGAGAACGAGAUCACGUCGCUUAAGAACGUGAACAAUGGACCUGCCGCGGGCAGCAUCAAAUUCGGUCGCCGUGGUGGCCCUCCUGGGCCCCACUUUGAGCCUCACCCGGAGUCUCACUACGCGCCUCACACCGAGUCCCACUUUGAGCCUCACCCGGAGCCGCACUAUCAGACUCACUCCGAGCCUCACUAUGAGAACCACCCUGAGCCUCACAUCCAUAACCACCCGGAGCCCCACUAUGAGCCUCACUACAGCCCUCACUACGAGCCUCACUAUGAGCCCCACCACUCCUUGAAGAAUGAGAUCACAGCCCUCGAGGAUGUCAAUAACGGCCCCUCUGCCGGUAGCAUCCAGUUCGGUCGCCGUGGAUUCCCUGCCCCUCCAGCUGGUCACUUCGAGCCUCACCCGGAGUCUCACUUUGAGCCUCACACCGAGUCUCACAUCGAGCCUCACCCGGAGCCGCACUAUGAGUCUCACUCCGAGCCUCACUUCGAGAACCACCCUGAGCCUCACGUCGAGAACCACCCCGAACCCCACUUCGAGCCCCACUACAGCCCAAGCUACGCGCCUCACUACGCGCCGCACACAUCGGUCGACACCGAGUUCACCGCGCUCCACGGUGUCAACAACGGCCCUGCCGUGGGAAGCGUUCCAUUUGCUCGUCGUGCCUUCGCACCUACCCGUGAGACCUCCGGUGGUGGCGGUGGCACCGCCAUUGGUGGUCCCUCCGGCGAUGAUGAAGGGACUUCCUUCUCAGCCCCCACCAAUGUGGACGUUGACACUGGAGUGAAUGAGCACAAUGAGGACGACCACUCCAUUGAGGCCGAGUACGAACAUGUUCACGCUCCCGAGGACCACCACGAGUCUUACUACCAGGCCCCCAAGGAAGCCCCUUCCGCUGGCUUUACCCCACAGGAGGAGUCUACCGCCCGUGAGAACCACGUCGAUACUCCCCAGUGCGCUGCCCAGGUGCACGAGGUUGUCCGCACUGUGACCAAGACCCAGUACAAGACCGCCGAGGCCACCCGUGUGGUGUACCAGUCCGCUCCUGUCAGUGAGAGCAGCGCUGUGGUUUUGGAUCCCAACAUGCUGUACGCCCCCUCGGCUUCCGCACCUAUUCCCUCCGCUGUCCGCUCGGAGUACAGCUACGCCUCCCAGCGUCCUCACGGCCAGGCCCCCUCUUACUCCAUGAUCGCUGUUCACGUGCCCAUGGCUACCCCCGCCUCUUCCGGAGCCUACUCCAUGGCUACUCCCUCCAACAGCAUGGGUAAGAUGAUGCCCAGCGGUGUCUCCCCUCAGCACCUUGCUUCGCCUUCUUCUUCCGCGCAUGCAUCUGCUUCCCACGGAGUCAUGUUCACUGGUGAUGCCGCUCGUCUCUCUGGUGGUAUUGUCUCCGCUGCUGCUGCUGUCAUGGGUGUCCUUGCCUUCAUCAUCUAA